AUGACCUGGACGGUGCAAAGCCGCACGCGCCUGAUAGAGCCGCUACAAACCGUAAUCCAUUAAUGGAUUUCGAGUGGAUUCGGUCCAAGUAGCGGCCCAAGCGGCGGUCGUGCAAACCUGGCCACUUGGACCAACUUCACACGUUCUCGCCGGCUGGCCCUUAUCACUUUUGCGGCACAAUCAACGCACGCAACAAGGCGAUUGCCAUGGGAACCGCAGUUAACGAUAGUGAUGCGACUUCUUUUGAGAUGAGACAGGAGAUCUCGGCUUUCUGA